AUGCGAGUCUUUGCACUUGUGCUUUUGACCUUCUGCUCCACUGGAACAUGCUCCGGGGAGGAUAAUAAGUGUCCUGAUGGAUGUGAAUGCACUGAUUGGAAAGGUUUUUAUGUUUCGUGUACAGAUAUUGCUUCCUUGCCCUUAUUUCCUGGGAACACAGAAACACUACGUCUUUAUGAAACGAGACUGAGCUCUGUUCCUCCAGACGCAUUCGCCAACAUGGAGAACGUCUCAUUAAUUUAUCUCUCAGGUGACGUCACAUUAAGAAGUUUAGAGAAAAAUUCAUUUUUCAACCUGAAGAAAAUUACACAUAUAGAAAUAAGAAACACCAGAAGUCUGACGAAUAUCGAUCCUGAAGCUUUCAAAGAUCUACCGAAGUUAAAAUACUUAGGUUUGUUCAACACUGGACUCUCCAUCUUUCCUGCUCUGACCAAGAUCCACUCUGAUGAAUCUUCAUUCAUGCUAGAAAUUACUGAUAAUAUUUACAUCACUGAAAUUCCUGCAAAUGCAUUCCAAGGCAUUACCAAUGACAUGCUAACAGUGAUGUUAUACAGUAAUGGCUUUACUAAAAUCCAACACCAUGCCUUCAACGGGACAAAACUAGAUGCCAUAUAUCUUCACCGAAACAAACAACUAACAGAUCUGAGUAAAGACAUGUUUGCAGAAACCAUUAGUGGUCCAGUGCUGCUUGACGUAUCCGAUUCGGCCGUUACCUCUCUUCCAGCAAGAGGACUGGAGUCACUCCGGGAACUCAGCGCUCGGAAUGUUUGGGCCCUUAAAAAGCUUCCACCAAUCAAAACCUUCAGACAUCUGAUUGGUGCUGAUAUGACAUAUCCUAGUCACUGCUGUGCAUUCAAGAACCUUAAGAAAAAGAAAGGCUACCUGGAAUACAUCAUUUGUAACCUGACUGCAGUUCAUGGCCAACACCACAGAAGAUCAGUGGAUGCAUUUACAGUCCAAGCUGUCAUGGAUUCUAUAGACACAAAAGACAUGAGUGAGCUCCUGCAUAGAAACACCUAUGACCACCAUGAUUUGCUAAGUAGUCUACAUUAUCAUGACUUUCUUGAUGGGCAUGCUGAGCAUGAUUUGGGCUUUGGGGACACACUGAAGAAUCCUCAGGCAGCCACCAGCCAGGACUUUGACAGUCAUUAUGACUAUAUUAUAUGUGAGGAUGGAGAAGCUGUGACAUGCUCUCCAGCUCCUGAUGACUUCAACCCCUGUGAGGACAUCAUCGGUUUCAGCUUCCUGAGAGUGUCUGUCUGGUUUGUUAGUUUGUUGGCUGUACUUGGAAAUUUGGUGGUUCUCUUUGUGCUGCUCACCAGUCAUUAUAAAUUGUCUGUCUCCCGGUUCCUUAUGUGCCACCUAGCAUUUGCUGACUUCUGCAUGGGCAUCUAUCUGCUUCUCAUUGCCUCAGUGGACCUUUACACGCAGUCAGAAUAUUACAAUCAUGCCAUAGACUGGCAGACAGGAUCAUGGUGCACCUUUGCUGGAUUUAUCUCCAUCUUUGCAAGUGAGUUGUCAGUUUAUACACUGACCACAAUCACUCUGGAGCGCUGGCACGCAAUCAAUUUUGCAAUGCAUUUAGAUCGUAAGCUGCGUUUGUCUCAUGCCUCUGCUGUCAUGCUCGGUGGUUGGCUCUUAUGCCUCCUGCUUGCCCUUAUGCCAGUGUUGGGUGUGAGCAGUUACCAAAAGGUUAGCAUAUGCUUGCCCAUGAGCACUCAGAACCUUUUGGACCAAGUUUACAUUCUAUUUAUGUUAGUUCUCAACAUUGUGGCCUUUGUGGUCAUCUGUGCCUGCUACAUUAGGAUCUACUGUGCAGUGCGCAACCCCACUUACACCUCAUCCAGCAAAGAUAGCAGUAUUGCUAAGCGCAUGGCUGUGCUAAUAUUCACUGACUUCCUCUGCAUUGCACCAAUCUCCUUCUACGCCAUAUCGGCUGCGCUGGAUCAUCCUCUAAUAACUAUUUCAAACUCCAAGAUCCUGCUUGUGCUCUUCUACCCACUGAACUCCUGUGCUAAUCCUUUUCUCUAUGCUAUAUUUACCAAAGCCUUUCAGGGAGAUGUGUUUAUCUUGCUCAGCAAGAUUGGCCUGUGUGAGCAACGGGCUCAACUGUUUCGAGGCCAAACUGUCUCCACAAAAGCAAGUAGUGGAGACUCAAACAGACGUGGAGUAAAAAUAAAAAUGCUAACCCGAUGGAAUGUUCUGGCCACUGCUACCUGUCACCAACAUGGACACUAA